AAAAGACGAUCACUCGUGCAAACAAUGCUUGCAUGGGGCAAAUUGGCCCCAUGGGGUCCGAGGGGCACCCCAUGGAAGGGGCCUCGAACCGAUUGGGGGCCCCUUGCCCCAUCCGUUCACAAGCGCCAAACCUUAAAACACAAGGAGUACUCCCCAGGGGAUUCCCGAUGGCCGGAGGGGCUGGGUCGCCCCAUGGGGAUUUCGGAUCGCCCCCUUCCGCCGGCCCCUCUUUCGAAUUGGGGACCCCUUGCCCCACUUCGUGAGGUUGCCAUUUCAUACCCUUGAGGUAGCCAUUUCUGCCCUUAAACACUUAGAAAUAUUUCAGGGAAAAUAACAGGUAGCCAUUUCGGCCCUCAUAGGUUAAAAUAGUAAACAAUGUAACCAAAUUUGCCUUCUAAGUAACCUCGGAAGCCCGCUAGGUAACCAGAAUUGCUCCUUGAGUAGCCGAUUGACCUUCAAAAUUUAAACGUUAUUUCCACCCUUUUUUCAAGGGGUCAUAUAUCCUAAACGGAAGUACUUGGCAACGCCAUCUUUUCAGCCGAUUUUCACCGGGGUGGAGUCUAUCGACUUUGUAAUGGUCAACUUCGAAUGAGGUAAAAUGAGAGACAUUCAUUCUAUGCAAAAAGUCUCUUUUUGGGCCGAUUUGCAAGAGCGAUAUCUCAGUACCGGAAGUAGGUAGGAACUCCAUCUUUGCAACAUAUUGUCCCCUUAGGACGGACAGUAAAUGCUGUGCAGGACAAUUUUUAAUGGGAAAAACAUUACUCUAAAUAUUUCGGAGAUGGCAAUGUUUACCCUUUUUAUAGGGGUGAUAUCUCAGCACCGGAAGUACUGACCGAUCCCAUCUUUUCCGCCUAUUUCCACCUCAUCACUCUAUCUAAUGUGUAAAGGACGUCUUUUCAGUGUUAGAAACGAACGAGUUAUUAUCCUUCCAAUAAAGUGCAGUUCAUGACUUUUUUUCCGGAAAAUUUGCAAAAUUUCAAUUGCUCAUAUCUCUGCACCCGAAGUAAAAUAAUUGCUUUUUUUUUUUUUUUUUAUAAAAUAAUGAUCGGCUUGGAAACUACUAUCGACCAUGUGAAGGGGACGAAAAAGCAAUGCGUUUUGGGGGGUCUACGACGUCGUUUAAAAAAAAAUCAUUUUUCCACAAAAAAAAAAAAACGAUUUGCCUUCUUUCCCAUAUCUCUUGCUUUUGGGGUUUUUUAAAUUAUUUUUUCAUGCUCUUAAAUUAUAGUUCGAACUAGUUUUCAUAAGUAUUUGGGUUGUUUUGGGGUGUUUUGGGUGAUUUUUGUUGGUUAGGGUUAGGGUUAGACUGACGGUGUAACCGAGAGCUAUAUAAGGCGGGGAAAAGCACACUUCAGUCAUUUGGCGUUCGGCAGGCAAGAUGAACACAUCCACUGAUCUCGACGAAACCGUUGAAUAUAACAUGGAGGAUAGCUUGAAGGCUCAGGCACCGCCCCCAGAGUCACCGUCUGCCUCUUCGGAUUCCUCCUCCGCAUUGAAGCCGCCUACAUCUUUUCCAGAGUUUUCCGAUUCCUCCUCUUCUACCAGGCCAGAGUCGCCAGCCAGCACAAGGAGAGCCUCUUCCUCUUCGGAGUUCUCCUCCUCCGACGAGUCCGAGGAUGCGAGGGAUCGCUCGUGUGGGAUUUUGAAGGGCCCAUACCACGUCGUGACCCUGCCUUCCGCAUCCCGGACCAGGACACCCUCUUCGUCUUCGGAGUCCUCCUCCUCAUCUUCGUCGGAGUCCCAGCCCGAGGCUGAGCCUGCCACAUCGGUACGAGAGCCAACCCAACACCAACCUCGACCGAGACAGCGCCAGAGGCCCCCAGUGCGGGUACGACCAACUUGCCGAUGCACGAAGUGUCACGCAGUCGUCGUGAACUUGCCGCGUCACUAGCGGCAAGUUCACAAGAGGGAGCCGCCAGCCAGGCCCACCGCCAUGAAGAGUCAGGGAGGCCACGUCUAUCGAGAGUGCCCGGUUGGAGGGUGCCACAAGGCUGUGGCACGCCUGGGUCAGCACCUCACAGCGGUACAUAAGAUACCGACAGGAACCAUGCGAAAGCAACUGGUCCAGAGGUUGCGGACCUUCACCGCCUUUUACACGGACGGACAGCCGCAGAUAUGGCCACCUCUGGAUCCAGAGAGGGCCAACACGCAGGGCAGGUAGGAAAUCUUUCUGCUAUAUUUUCUUCUUGUCAUCUCUUAUUGGUCCUGGUGCAAAGGGGGGAGGCUUAUUCUGAUGUUGAUUGUACAUCCAGGACAUGGUAAGGUCACUCUUCUUUUUUUCUGUUAUAGGAAAACCAGAUUGGAGCGGCUGAUGGAUCCACCCUCCUCCUCAUCAUAUUACUCCUCCUCCUCCUCCUUGUCGACGGACUCCUCCCCUGAGCGCCAGCCUGUAACCCUAACCCUGGGGAAGAGGAAGAGGGACUCCCUCUCGAGGCCCAGAAAGAGGUUGAGGUUCACCUCGAUACCAGCAAAGACAAGGUAA